AUGGAGCCCGGACUUCGAAUGAACAUCGUAGCAGAGCGAGCCAACGACUGCGACCUCAACACGAUCUACCACUCUCUCUACAACCAAAGAUACGCCUGGUGGAACGUGGACCUAGGUGCCCCUGCCUUCAUUCACGUCAUCCGCGUCUAUCCUGACUACAUGCGACAGAAUUACUUGAAUAGGUUUCACGACGUUGAGGUGAGCGUCGGGUCUGUGGCUGCCGUGGGGGGCGAUGUCUCGACCUACACUGUCAUUGGCACUUACAUCGGACCCUUCCCUAACAGCAGCUGCUGCAGCGUGGAAUACACCCUCGUACCCCCUGUCUUGGCUCGCUACGUUCACGUCCGCCUCACGACCGCUUUCAAUGUUGACCAGGAUUACCUCAUUAUGAAGGAGGUUGAAGUUCUGAGCCCAGAUUUCCAUUGA